AUGUCUCAGAAUGAAAUACUUUACGUAAAGGGAAUGGACUUGGAUGAAUCUCAAUCUGAAGAAGAUGACGGCAAUGUCUGGGAUGACAGGAAACUAAAUAAUGCAUAUGAUAAAGCUAUAAAAAUUGUCAACGUAGAAGUAGCCAAAAGGAUUGCCAUGUCCACCAACACUCAGACUGAAACUAAUUCAAAACAGAAUCAAAUAAAGCCUAAGAAGGAACAACCCAAGAAAAAAGCUAAGAAAAUUAACUGGAAGGCUGGAAUGUCAUGCAGAGCUUUGUAUGAUGAAGAUGGAUUAGAGUAUGAAGCAGUAAUCUUAUCUAUACUUAAUGACAGAGAAUGUAUAGUCCAAUUUUCUGAAUAUGAUAAUUUACAGAAAGUAGAACUUAGCUCUUUGCACCCAACUGUAAAUAACCAUCAAAAGACUCAAUACUCUCAUUUAGAAAAAGAUGAUGAUGGAUUUGAGAGCCAGUCUCCAUAUGCUGAUGAUGCAGAAUUAGCAGCCACAGCACGUGUGGAUUCUUUAAAACAAAUUUAUGAAAGAGUGAGUUCUGACAAAAAAAGGAAUAAACAGAAAUCACGAAAUGAUUCAUUCACAUUACCAGAUAUACCAAUGCCUGAUAUGUCUAUGAUUAGAAAUAUGGGUGGUAUAGAGCUUCCGUUUCCACCACCUCCACCACAGUUAGGUGAAGUACAGGAUGAACAACAAGCGGUGUCCUCAAUGCUCCUCAGUUGGUACAUGAGUGGGUAUUACACCGGUCUCUACCAGGGUAUGAAAAAGGCCAAAGAAGACAUUAGAAGAGGAAAAUAA